CGCAGCCUGGGCCCCAACAGCGCGGCUGGGCCUCGGGGAGCGCUGAGGGAAGAGCCUGGGAGGGAGGGCACCGUACCGGCUGGCGCCCAGGUGCGGGCCGCGUUCCCGCUGCCUCCCGUGGAGCCUCGGUGCGGGAGAGGAGGGCGCGUCCCCGCCGCAGCAGCCGCUGUCGCCUCUGAGCGCGGCCGUCCCCGGCACCGCAUGGCGGUCACCGCCCGCCCUCGCCCCUUGUCCUUACGGGGGGGAGCCGUAUCUGGGGAGCUGCUGAGGAAAAAAUACCUUGUUUUGCCCAGUUUUAGCAGACGAGCCGCCUCCGAGCUUCCAGCGCCUCCCAGCAGCCACAGCCGGCGGCGCUCGGACGGCUGAGGCGGUGCCGCCGCUCGCCUGCCCCGGGUGCGCCCCCUCAGCGCCGGGCCCGGCAGCGCGCGCCCUCGGCUCCGUGUUAGUGUGGUUUAAGUCAUGGGAGAAAGAUGAGGAAGAUGCUUGUGACCAGCCGGUUGGUCCGGACUGCGAGCACGGGGCUGCCCUGUGGGACCCGGUACACCAGAGCUGGUCCCCCUGCCCCGGUUACGAUGUGUUGUCCCUGGGAACCCGCUCUUCAGACGCCGGGUCCUUGUAGCGAUUGUCAUCCAGCUCUGGGAGAAAUGCAAUAGUGGCGUCCUGUGUCUCGCUGGUUCAGAAAACCUGUUCUUUUGGCUCACUGGUAUUAACGUAGUUGUCACCACUAGAAAUUUCUGAAACCAGUUUGCCUUCCAUGAGUCACAAAAUGUCAACACCUGUGCUUUAGCCUACUCAGUGUAAAGGCUGACUAUUAAGGGAGAGGGGAUGCUCAUGCAUGAUUUCAUUGUAGUACAAUUAAAGAGCACAUCUUCUGGGAAAGGAAGUGUGGUACCUCAACUUCUAAUGGAGCCUAUUUUGUAAACAAGGUACAGGGCCAGAGGUACCAAUUAGUGUAAAGAGUUGUGUCAGAUCCUGUGUAUAAUAAUCAGUCAAGGCACUAGAGGCCUGUUUGUGCAUUGUUAGAAGGUUUUUGUUAAAGAAAUUUCAAAUUCUUACUUUCAAAUUUCUGAAGCUGAGAGGUCCUUUUUUCAUUUGUGUGUAGAGACGAAUGGAGUCAAAUACGUUUUCAGAAAUUACUCUGUGUGCUGGCAGUGUUAGUGCAAAGCUCAUUUGUUCUUGGUCCUCAUAGAAUUUGAGGAGAAGGAGGGUCUCCCAAUCCUCCAUCCGAAGAUCCACGCAGGGGGUUUCAAGAUGAAAUGCCUAGCUUUCCAAAAGUCCUAAUACCUACUACAUAAGUCACUUCAUUAAGUAGAUUUGUGAAGGCUUGAACAUGCCCUUUAAAGAAAAUGUGACACUUGUCAAUAGCAUGCUUACUGUAGUGACUAUUAUACAGUUAGGGAUAUCAAACUCAUUUUUAGAAAUAAACAUUUCAAAUGGGCAUCUUUUCAAUAACCUUAUUUUUCAUUUUAGGUUUAUCAGAAAAAAGUUUAUGAAACCAGACCUGUUACAAAAAAGAAAAAUUUCAUCACCUGAAAAUGGAAGUGUCUCUACAGCUGUAGCUCUGUGAAAAAUAAACUUGAAAAUAUACAUCACAAUCAUUGUUAGGAAGAAGAGAAUUGUACUAGUGGAAGAUGAAGUUUGUUUGGGGAAUUCAUCCUAACGCGCUGGCAUAUUCCAUGACUACACUGGGUGCUGGAAUGAUGAACAGUAUCUUUAAUUUCUACUACGUUAAGCUUUUCCUAAACCGAUACAAAAUUUCAGAAGUAGCAUUUCAUCAAGCGCAGGUUGUAUUUAUGAUAUGGAAUGCCAUUAAUGAUCCUCUUUUUGGGUAUAUUCAAGAUAACUCCAAAUUCACAUGCUGCUCGAGACGUCAGUUCUCAAUUUUAUAUGGAGCUCCUUUAUAUGCAUUAGCCUUUCUGCUUCCUUGGUUUCCUUGGAAACAUUAUGAAGAAGGUGACUGGCUAAGUGGUCUUCACCUCAUCCUUGCGUUAUGUGCUUUUGAUAGUUUGCUUACGUUUGUGCUUCUCGCGCAGUGUGCGCUCUUUGCAGAAAUUUCAACAAGACAUGAAAGUAGACUUCAGCUUAUUAAAUAUAACCAAGUAGCAACAUUAAUUGGAUCAACGAGCAUUCUCUUUUGUGGUCUCAUAUCAGAUAAUAUGGAAAAUUUUGCCUAUUUUCAGGCUUUUGCCGUUUUGGUUGCAGCAUUAGCAACAGCUUGUAUGUGUUACACAGGCAAAUACAGUACAAGUCAAUAUGAGCGGAGAGAAAUUUGCACGGAGAGUUCUAAUCUGGAAAGCAGUGAGGGAGCUCUCUCCUGGUCCUCUGUAAUUUCAUUGACCAAGCAGAUUAUGACAGAGAAAAACUUUUUAUUUUUUGUAACUAUGAACUUCUUCCAAGUCUUCCACCUAGCCUUCUGCAACAAUUUUAUGAUGAUCUUUGCGGAUAAUCUUAUUCCUAAGGAUGUCCUUUCUUCCUCAAUAAGAAGUAUAAUGUAUGGAGCAAGCUUUAUUUGUCCUCAGUGCCUUGUUCUUCUCAGUCAUGCUUCGUUGAAGAAGUUUGGUUAUUACAGAAUCAUCCUGUUUUCCUUUUACUUUGAAGGAGUAGCUGCUGCUGUCAUGUUUGUUCUAGGGCCAGAACACUAUUAUCUGUUGGCAUUUUAUCUCACAACAAACAUGGUAAUUGUACAAGCUUCAUUUAGUUUGUUCAAUUUGCCUCUGGCAGAUAUUGUUGAUGCAGAUUUAAUAAAGCACAAGCGGAGAUCACCACUUUCCUCUAUGGUUUUUGGUACGAAUGCUUUAUUUACCAAGCCUGCCCAAUCUUUGGCUCCAAUGCUUGUGGUUACAAUGCUAAAUCAAUUUGGAUAUGAGAACCUGAAUAAGGAAGAUGCUCAACCUGAUGCAAGUUUGUUUUUAGGUCUUCAUGAUGCCAUGUUCUAUUUGAUCUGCCUGGUUCCACUCUGCAUCGCAGUUGUACAGAUCCUGGCAUGGACUCCCUUUUCCAUCCAGAACAGUCAUAUGACAGCUGUACACUAAAUAUGUAACAAUUGGUCAGUAAAUCUUCUGCUGAACUGUACCACAGACAAGUUAGUAUAUUUUAAAUGUGAAAAAACAAAAUUGCAUUAAAUGGACUAUGAAACCAAAUGCAGUUUGAGCCAUUUCAAUAGUCACAUUCUUUGGUCUAUACAGAUCAUGCUCAGCCUUAGUCCUGAGCCUACACAGUUUAUUCUGGUUCAGUCAUUUGCCCUUAAUGGACGUUUCCCUUAAUGACCAUAUGAAUUAAUUGCUGGUAUAUACUGGUCACUGUUAACUCCUUUGAAGAAUGGAUAUAGCAGAUCCCAGCCCAGCACCUGGAAUUCAGGGGAACUGUAUUUUCUUAAAUUUACCAAAAGGCAGUGGAUUAAUUUUGCCAUCCUGAUAAAAUGCCAAAUCUCUGAAGUUAAUCUGGAAGAGCCUGGUGGACAUCCCUCGUGGGUGGCAGGGAGAUGAAGAGAAGAACUUAGAUGGUUUAGCUGACCAAUAUCAAGACAAAUCUGACAGUUACCAUGGGAAGAGCCAAGAGUAAUUAACUACCCUGUAAAAGUCUGUGUAAAGCUAACGAAGAAAAAGAUUUAAAUGCUGUUCAAUAAAAUGUUGCUGGAUAUGGAAAAA